UUCGUUGUACGCAGUCAAUAAUGAAAUCUCGUGCUUCGCGGAGAUCUAUCAUUCGAAUGGGGGAGAUCUAUCGGGAAUUCCACGUCAGGGUCAGCCGCCUUUGCUUUUUCAAAUAUCGAUUUGCAAUCAUAUAAUCUCGGUUUUCUUCUUUCCCCUCCUUCUUCCCCACCUUCAACGAUGACCAGCAGUAUCCCAUCGUCCACAUCCACCGUCACCGUCCGCGCCAUAAAUGCUGGCACGAUCAACUUUUUGCCUGCUUCGCUGUUCUUCAAGCCCAUCCUACCGGGCUACGAAGGAUUGUCCGGACCAGUAUACACCUUCCUCGUCGAACAUCCGAUUAAGGGAAGGGUCAUGUUCGAUUUGGGAAUGAGGAAGGACCAGGAGAAGUACGCGCCUGCGGUGCAGGGAUUCUUCGACCUCUUCAGAGAGCUGGGUGGGUAUGAUAUGGGCGCUGACGCGGGUAAGACAGCGAGCGAGCAGCUGGUGAAGGGAGGAGUAGAUUUGGGCAGCGUGGAUGCUGUCAUUUGGAGCCAUACCCAUUUCGACCACAUCGGUGAUAUAUCGCUGUUCCCAUCCGCUACGGAAUUAGUGGUCGGACCGGGGACAGAUCUCCGCACUUACCCUGAGCACGAGGACGCGCAUCUUAUCGAGAGCGAUACUGCUGGGCGUAAGGUGACGGAACUCUCAUUCUCCAACGCAACGCUGCAUAUUGCAGACCUUCCAGCUCUCGACUACUUUGGUGACGGGAGCUUCUACGUACUCGAUACACCUGGUCAUCACCCAGGUCAUAUUUCUGGUCUCGCACGCGUAACACCCACAACGUUCGUGCUGCUAGGAGGUGACUGCUGCCACCACGUUGGCGACAUCCGACCCACAGCACACCACCGCUCCCUAUGCCCCUGUCCUGCCCCGCUCCUUCAUAGUGCGACGGCCUCUCUCUGCAAAUCCCACUUCUCCGAAAUCGCCUCCGAGCCCUUACUGAAGAUCCCUCCACCUCCCGCUGCCUCGGUCUACAAGGAUUAUGACGCGACGAUGCGCUCGUUGGGACGUUUGGCGCGGCUUGAUGCGGACCCGGAUGUGCUGAUGAUUAUUGCGCAUGAUGGGACUGUGCCUGGUGUGGUGGAAGAAUUCCCGGCAAAUGUGAAUGGGUGGCAGGAGAAGGGAUGGAAAGAUAAGCUGAUGUGGAAAUUUCUGGAGAAGGAUGGCGGGGGUUGGAGGUUUGGGUGAUGGUUACAUCAGACGGAAUUGUCCUACGAGCGGGCCGGGAUACCGCAAAUACCGGAACAGAGAUUCUUUGGAACUUCAAGACCUUCGUUGCUGUCGUAUUCCGAAAGAACAAACACUCCCCCCCUUAUACUAGAGGAGAGGGGCAAACAAUUUGAUGGCUUCUACGCUAUUGUGCUUCUAGUCAACCAUGGAACCAGUAACUGCUUUCAGGAAUGUCUUUCAUUCAUUGGCGAUGAUCAAAGGAAUACGCUAUGUGAUCUAUAACCGCAUUUAUUCCCCUAGCACGCCGUGCU